AUGGAAUCUGUGCGCCAGUCAGUGCGCCCAAAGCAUCAGGUGCUGAUUCUGAAGUGCUUUCCUCGCUAUCAGAAAGGAGUGCUCGAGGUAAAGCCGAAUCCGAGUGAACUCUCCUAUCUCCUAUACUACGCCAGUACGCGUCGCAGCAAACUGCAGAAGGUGGGCGCUUUUCUGGAGAAGAAAACUGCGCGGGAUGUUUCAAGGGGCAGAAUAGGGAAUGUCCAGGUCGUCCUCCAAAUCCUCACGGCGCUUAUCGAGAAGCUGCCCCGUGAGCUACCCCUCUACGGACACUCAAUCUUAAAUAUUCUCGAAACGGUUCUUCGCUCCAAUGAUAUCGCCAUGGUGGAAGACACUCUUCAGACGUUUGAGACCUUUUGCAGUAACCAAGACCUCGCAAUCCUAGCUGCUGAGCAACGAUAUGCUACACAAUAUGAGCGCAUAGUUCGAAGCUAUGCGGAAUUUGCCUCUUCCGAGUCGAGCAUCCCGUCUAUAUCAGCCGCGACUACUCUGCCCACCAGGUUACGCUGGAAGAACAUAGGAUUAAAGGCUAUGAGGAGUAUUGUGAGCUCUGAGGCUCUCAGCGCCGAUGGCGGAAAACCAGUCACUUUUAUUGUGCCGGUCAUUUUGGAAAAUGUAUACGACGGCGGUGAGGAUCUCCUCCUUCUGCAACAGACGUCACAGACUACCGAGAAGACGACGCCUGAGCAGGGCAGACGUCGUCGCGCAAGUACAGUAACUGUGCGGACUGUCGAUACCGCCGAGGGAAACGUGGCGGAAGCAUCCGGCACCACAGCAGAUGCCGACAAGGUAGCAGAACUAGAAGUCCGACUGCUUGCGUUGAAAUGUCUCGAGCGCAUUUUUGUUGUCAGCAGCAAUCGAUCACAGAUACGUACAGCUGCAGGGCUUGUACUACAGUUCAUUGUGAGCAAACGUGGAAGUCCACAAUCCGAGAAAGCGCUCCAAGAUUAUGGAAAAUGGGCCAAUUCAUUGAUGGAUCUCAUUACGAAAUGGUGCCCAGUUCAAGAUCGUUUCAUCAUUCUAUUCACUGCAGUCGAGAUCUUGCGGGGAAUAUCGUCAGAUCGGCGACCAAUUGGCCAACAGAUAGUCAUGGCAUCGUUGAUUGACUCGCUGUUGAAGUCGCCUGUAAACAUGAUUGGAUUAAGUGUUAUCGAUGUUUUAGUCGGCUUCGUUCAACACAUACUGCGUAUACUCCAAGCUCCGUCUUCACAGUCAAAUUUGCCGACCCCGACUGGUUCUACUACAGAUGGAGCGCUUCAACCGAAUCCUAUACUCACGGGUGAACAUGCAGAACUAGUAUCUUUAUUGAAACAGUGCAUUGCUGAUCUGGCCACGCACAAUUACUAUGCCGACCAGAUUUCUGACAUGAUUCGAACCCUUUUAAAGCGAAUUCGUCCUUCGGGUCCCCUGGAUGUUGCAGCAAGCACGAAGACACCUUCUGAUCCCAAUGCAUCUGCAUAUCAUAUUCCUAGCUUGGCUGGCGAGGGUCAUGUUGAGAAUUAUUUCUAUUCAUCAGCUUCGCGCAUUGUCGCCCUUGAAGCAGUCAAGGAUAUUCUUGAGGUUGCCAAUCAGGGCAAAACCACAACAGGUCUGAGCAUUGAACCACGAAAUAAAGUCGGCAUACAGGUAUGGGAGGCAACACACUGGCUUUUACGUGACUCUGAGCGCGACGUACGUAUUACAUAUGCCAAUGCCUUCAUUUCCUGGCUUGAGCUUGAAACUACGAAAAGCGACCUCCAGGUCCCAGACUUGCCUAGCAGCCGACCAUCCCGGGUCCAAUCUAAGCGAGAAUACGAUGCGCCUAGACGAACUGCAUCUUUGAUGCCCACUGACAAAGUGCAGAACCAGGUCUCGUCCGCUUUUCUGCAACUUUUACAUCUAGCUUUAUACGAGACUACUUUCGAAUAUGCGGAAACCAAAGAGGAUAUCCUUGUUGUGUAUGCAUUACUCGUCACGCUCGUCGAACACCUUGGCGUCAACGCUGUGCGGUUUGGGCUCCCUAUGGUUUUAAAACUGCAAAGUGACUUUUUCGGUUCAACGGUUUCUCAGGUAAACAUUGGAAGUCUUGUCUAUGGCUACUUGAACGCACUAGUUGGAAAGUUUGGCUUUGAGGCCUCCAGAGUUGGUAAUGAGAUUCAGAGUGAAAUUUCUAGGCGAAAAAGUCAUGGGGUAUGGCUUGAAAUGGUUCUACUUCCACCUGUUUCGCCGGGUCAAAUACCAUCUCCCGCCUACGACAACCUUCCUAGGCCAGCUCCUCAGGAGCCUCUUCGGUCUUUUACUUCUGUAGAGGAGCUUGUUCAACACAUCGAAGUUGGUUACGUAACCUCACUAAUGGCGGCGCUCCAGAAUGUUCCUGGCUCUCCAGGUAAGCAAACUGCUUCUUCUCAAAGUCCUGGGCAUGGAUAUUUCGAAGCAAGUCAGAAUCCCCCGACCCUACCUGCAGAUGUAAAGGACGAUAUGCUCUCGAUCUGGUCGAAAGAGGCUUGCGUAGCGGUUUUAGAAAAGGAAAAGACGAGGGCAUCUUCUGUGGCUGGAUCAAAAAACGGCAACUCUAUCAGGCGAAGCCAUGGCAGUCAUCUUAACGGAUACGGAUCUCAAACUCCUAAUGACACAGGAUCAACCUCCAGUCAAUAUGGUUAUAAUAAUACGGCUGCUUUGGGUGCAGGUCCCGGCAGUUCGUCCAGUUCUCGAGCUUACCGCCGACCAUCCAACCGAGCGGAGGGUUCUCCUGGUGUGUCGAGUAGAGACUCUACAAUCCGUGUCAAUGACUUGAAAAGAAUGUUGACCGUAGCGGGAAACUCCAACGUCCGUCGAUCCAGUCCGCUACGAGGCCGUCUAGAUGCCACAAGUAAUAGCAGCAUCCUAAGCUCAAGCAGCGAGAGCUUUGUGAGCGGGACAUUUUCGGCAUCUGACUUUGAUGCAGGAAGCAGGCCGCAAUCUAUUCGAGAAGGGUCUGAGACGCCCAAAGCUUCGUCUUCUUCCUCCAGUCAGAUAGGCGGUAGUGGCUCAUCUGAGUACAACCAUGAUGUUAUCCCGCCAGUGCCUCCUCUUCCUUUGGGGCUUGUAAUACCUGGUGACUACCCUGAUAGCAGCUCAUCAAAUAUAUCCCGACAGAACUCAACACGUUCUGAUGAUGGCCGUUCAUCUGGCUCACCCAGUCAGCUGAAGUCUGGCGGUCGAUCAACGGCAGCACAACUAGGUCAAUCCUUGAGUGGAAAAAGGACACGAUCGAUCAAUAGUCUUCACAAGGCAACUGGCCUCAGGCAGCAACAACAGCAGGCUUCCCAUGCAUCGUCACCUACUACUACUGGUUCUGAUGACAUCAGGCGCGACAUUGAGAAACUCCUCGACGGCGUUCUGUCGCCCGAUAAUAACAGCAACACCCUGAAGUCUAUUGAUCCAAGUCAGGGCAUUACGCCAAGGCGAAAAACUAGUGGCAUUGGGCGUCCUCCAUAUUAG